UUCAGAAGCCAGGAAGCAUCGGGAACUCGGGAACCGCAGCCAGCUAAUCUUGUGAAAAUGGAACCCUUGGAAGAAAAAGCAGCUUCAACAACAAAAAAUGAGCACGAAGAUUUGGGACCUCAAGAGGAACCAGCACAUUUUAAUCCUCUCCUGAGGGCUGCUUUAAGGGGUGAUAUGGAAGAAGUACAACAGAUUUUUGAGAACUCGGAGGAUCCUGAUCAUGAAAAAGCCAAUAAGUUUUUAAUGGAAAAAGAUAUUCUAGGGAGAAACCUACUGUUUACAACUUGUAUGGUUGGUCAGAAUGACAUUAUCCAGUCCCUGGCAAAAUAUGGAGUUGACCUGAAGGAUAAGACAGUCAGAGGUUAUACACUUCUUCAUUGUGCUGCAGCCUGGGGUCAGCUAAACACACUGAAAACUCUGAUAGAGCUGGAAGUUGAUAUUUAUGCAACUACAUUUCGGGAUGAAAACGCUAGAGAAAUUGCAAAUCGAUAUAAGCAAACAGAGUGUGUUGAAUUCUUGGAUUGGGCAGAGGCCAAGCAGAAUUUACGCAAUUUUAUUUUCCAAAUCCAGGCAACAAUCACUGAUCCUGAGAAAGUUCUGGGAAAGCUGAAUAAAGAAGAUAAGACAACCUCCAUCAAGGCCUGUCAGGCCAAGUUGGACUGGCUUGAAAAUACAAAAGAGCCUGCUACACAAGAAUUUAUUGAUCAGAAGCAGCAGUUGGAAGACAUCAUGCUUCCUAUCUUCACAAAAUUGUCUGCACCACGUUUCAGGAUAAUUACAUGGAUUUACAAGCAGUUUCCAACUCUAUACAUUCCACCAUUCUCAAAUUCCACAAAAAAUCAGGGUUCUAGUAAAGAGAUGCGUCCUUCAAAUAUACAUGUGAAAAUUGCAGAGUUGAUUGGGUGGACAAGACUCUGUUGUCAGCAAAAAAAUGUGAAUGAUUUUUGGAAAUCAACUCAUCAAGCAUAUGUGCCUGCAAACUCCUCCUGUAAUCUAGUUCCUGAACACUGGCUUCAAAGCCAGGAUAACGGAGAUGUAUUGUUGUGCCUGUUGUGAAAAUUGACAUGUUAGAUGUGAAUAUAUCAGCAUGAAAUUAAACCCAUUAUUCUGUAAAAAAAAAAACCCUACCAAAACAGUCUUAAUGCUUUUAUUAAAAAAUCAAAAUAUUUAUUGAUAUCCACAAA